GCCUACCAAUCUUUACAGGUACAAUCCAGCCAAGCGACCCACGUCAGUUCAGUUGAAGCGGGAUAGCACUAUAUUGUUGCUGCAACAAACUGCAACAAAAACACCCCAAGACACGUCCUCUACUACAUGACACUGCCGCCCCCUCUCUUCUCCCACAUUGUCCACCGUCCACCCCCUCCUUCUUCUUCUUUGCUUCUCGUGAGCGAGCACCCUCUGCCGACGCGACUUGCACGCCAGAGCCGACCCGUGCCAGGCGCCGACCCGUCCCAUCGCUGCACCAGCCCGCUGCUGUCGCGGUGGCGAAUCCACUGUGGCUCGUCCAAGUCGCGUCCCCCCACACAAACGCCCUCGCCCUCACCCACCCUCUCCCAAGAUGAGCGCAACCGCGACGCCAACCAAGCGACGCGUCCUCGGCUCGCUGGACGCAAACGUCCAGAUGUCGCCGAGGUCGCCCGCGCCGGGCGGUGGUGCCAGCCCGCUGAAGAACAAGGCAGGCAGCCGCGAGGCGAGCCUGAGCCUCUCGCGCCGCGCCAGCCCCUCGCCUCGCAAGCAGCAGGUUUCUAGGGACGGGAGCCCCAGGAAGAGGCCGCUGGACGACGCGGCGGCCACGGCCUCAUCGCUGCCGCAGCCCGCUGCCAAGAAGCUGUGCUCUGAUGACGCGGCGGGUGUGGCUGCUGCUGCUGCUGCUGCUGCUGCUGCUUCGACUACGGUUGCAGACGCCCCGGUGAGGCAGCAGACGGCACACGACACCAACGAGAACGAGCCGCCCGCGUCACAGGCCACUACCACCGCUGACCGGCGAUCCCUCUCGCCCGACGCAAGCUCACUCUUUGAUGUCUCUGGCAUCAACACCUCCCAAGAUACCACGAUCACGGAGCCCGACACCGACGCGCCCACCAUUGCUACCACCACUGCGCCUCCCACUGCCGCCGUUGCACCCGCCGCCGCCCCUACACCGUCGCUUUCAAACUCCUUGGCACCACCACAGCUGCUGCCACCACCACCGCCGCAAACGCGUCGGAUAACCAGCCGCGAGGAGCUCAAACAGAAAACCGAAAUUCUCAGAUUACGUCUCAGCCUGGCCAACUACAAGGUCAAAACAGGCCAGAUCGACGUGCCCCUUGACAGGCUGCAGGUCCGGCCCGUCCCCGGGAUGACGCGCCGCAGGACACCGCUGCCCUCCAUGUCGGCGCACACGGUGGAGAGGUCGACGCCCGCGCAGCAGUGGUACCGGCUCGGUAACGAGCGCAAGACCACGGCGGAAACGGCACCGGCGGCACCCACAUCGCUGCCUGCGCAACCGGCGCGUGAGGGGGAGGGGGGCACGAGGGGCAUGUCGCCGCCGGACAAGCAGCCUCUACCGAGAUUGUCGUCGGCUUCCGUGUCCAUCGUGUCGACGCCGCGGCGCGGGCAGCGGGACGCCGAGGAGGAUGCUGAGGAGGAUGAGAGCCUGACGUCCAGCGCGCUCAGGGGAGGGGCGGCCAAGGGGCUGUUGAGCCUCUCACAGGGAUCUGUGGGACGGUGAGGAUGGAUGGUGGUGUUCAAACAUGCCCUUUGGCGCUAAAACUCUUUAUUCUGUUUUUUUUUUUUCAUUCCUCCUCUUUCUUUUCUUUUUGCUCCUACGGUCUGCAACCUGGCCUGCACACGUAUUGGCUGCAGAGAUGGGAGUGGAGCACACUGUUCGGCAUGUGCAUGACGCAAUGAAUGCCUGGCUUGGUACGGAUGCAUUGGGCUGGCUAGAAAUGGACUGGGCAUUGCGGAGGUGGGAAUCUGUGGUAUCGGGGAGCAGAUAAAUGGGAAGUCGAAGACAGCAAUAGAACCUGCUUGUGAUUCGUCCGUUCUGCGCUGCUGUGCUUGGUGAUGGGCAUCAUGCCGGGGUGACACGUCCCAAGGGGGUUCCAGAACAUGCAGCUUGAGCUUGUUGAGGGGCCUGGUCCUGGUCGACUUCCUGCUGAAAAGCAAGUGUGUUUGUCCGGGGCCGGCACAAUGACUCGAGGUGCGCUGGGGGACCGGCGGUGGCGAGAGUCUGACGAGUCGUUUUCCCAGGGUCGUUUAUGCAGGCUGAAGGAUACCACCCUGGUGAGGCGAGGUCGUGGCACCUACAACUGUG